UCAUGUUUUCCUUUGAAGCGUUAAACCCUAGUUAGCCCCCUCUUCCCCUUCCCCGGAGCCGCCUCCUCCCCUCCCCUCCUCUCAACCUCCCACGAUUCGCUUCCCACCCAGUAAUGGCGAUGGAUUUUGACGAACCCUUCGACGCCGACAAGGGCGAGGCGGCGCUGCGGCGGCUGCGCGACGCCGACCCGGCUCUCUACCUCUCCCCGUCCGCGGACCUCGCCGCCGCCGCCCGGGAGGCCUCGAAGCACCUCUACGCCUCGCUCGUGCCCUUCUCCCCCGCGCAGCCGCCUCCGCUCUCCGAACUCCUCGCGGGCCCCGCCUUCGACGCUGAGCAGAUUUGGUCCCAGAUUGAGCUGCUCUCCCGCCCCCUUGUUCCCCACCUGCGCCGCCAGCUCCGCCGCCUCGAGCAUCAACCUCCGUCUCAGGCGCCUCCUCGUCCGGAAUCGAAGUCCAUUGAUGCCGAAGAGGAGUCGUCAGAGGAGGAGGAGGAGGAGGAGGAGGGGGAGGAUGGAGAAGGUGGCGAAUUGGAGUUGGACGACGUAGAUCAUGAAGAUGAAUCGGGUGAGGAGGAAGAGGAAGAUGUAAAGGAAGAACAUGAGGGUAAAGCAAAGCAUGGGGUGGAAGACAAGUUCUUCAGUAUAAAGGAGAUGAAGGAGUUCGUGGAGAAGGGGGAGGAGGAGGAAUACGGUGGGGGUGCCAAGCAAGGGAAGAAGAAGAAAAGAAUGAACUGGAUGGAAGAGGAGAGUGAUGAGGAUGAGGAGGACGAGCAGGAUCUCGAUGAGGAUGAGGAUGACGGGGAUGAAGAAGAAGAUGAUGAACGCUUGGAUCUGGAAGACUUCGAUGAUGACGAAGAAGAAGAGGGUGCAGUUGGAGAUAUAAUGUAUAAGCAUUUCUUUGAGGAAGGAAGUGACCAAAAAGUAAAGAAGAAGGGUGGUUCCAAGAAAGUUCAAUUCCAGGAUGAACCACAUGAAAAACUGGAAGUUGAUGACAAAAAUGAUGUUGGAAUUGAUGAACAGGCAUUAUCAACUCACGAGAAGGCAUGCCUGAAGAUGCGUGCUAAAAUAGAGGACAUCGAGAAAGCUAAUCUUGAACCUAGUACAUGGACCAUGCAGGGAGAGGUUAAUGCUUCCAGCAGACCCAAAAACAGUGCUCUGGAAGUGGACCUUGAUUUUGAGCACAAUGUAAGACCUGCCCCAGUAAUCACCGAGGAAGUCACUGCUUCUCUUGAAGAGAUGAUAAAGAAAAGAAUCAUAGAGGGUCAUUUUGAUGAUGUUGAAAAGCCUCCUCCCUUGCCAUCUAAAGCCCCCAAAGAACACAAGGAGCUGGAUGAAAGUAAGAGCAAGAAGGGUCUUGCUGAACUAUAUGAGGAUGAUUAUGCGCAAAAGGCUGGGCUUGCAGCUGCACCACUUUCUAUUUCGGAUGAACUGAAGAAAGAGGCAAAUACUUUAUUUAAGAGAAUAUGCUUGAAGUUGGAUGCACUAUCGCAUUUCCAUUUUGCUCCAAAGCCGGUGAUUGAGGACAUGUCAAUACAAGCAAAUGUACCUGCUCUAGCAAUGGAGGAGAUUGCACCUGUAGCUGUUUCAGAUGCUGCAAUGCUUGCUCCUGAAGAAAUAUUUGAAGGAAAAGGUGAUGUUAAAGAAGAUGCAGAACUUACACAGGCUGAGCGCAAAAGAAGAAGAGCUAACAAGAAAAGGAGAUACGCGGAAUCGCAUAAGAGAGGCCAGCUAAGGUGCAGAAAGAUUAACUGUUGAGCAUCCCCUAUUGUCUGGCCAAGGAUGCCUUCAGGCCAUGUUUAUCACUGUGGAACAAUUGCAUAUUUUUGUCCUGCGGUUAAUGGUGCGUAGCUAGUGGCAGUGGCAGCUUGAUGCAAAAUGCGUUCCAUGCUACACAUCACGGGAGUAAUUUGUGCUACUCGUAGCAAUAGCAACGCAGCAUUGGAAGAUUUGCUGGAGGAGAAGCAGGGUUGGGUUUCAAGGCGUAUGAUCACAGAGGAUCUGGACUCUUGAAUGCACGACAGGCAGACAGCUGCGCCAGGUCAAAUACCCUGACGUAUCUCAACUCCCCGCCUCACAAGAAAAAGCGAGCGAACGUACUACUAGGGGUGUGGGAUGGGUAAUACUAGAAAACUUCCCACAUUACACUAGUAGUACUAACAUAUUUAUAUUUUUUUAUUAGUAUUCUUUUUCUCUAGAAAUACGAGUAUAUUAGCACUAGUAGUUUUUUUUUCAAAAAAGGUAUGUUUUGUUUCCAAGAACAAGUUUACAUGACGAAGGUGGAAUGCUAUGCAUCUAUUGGCCGCUUUCCUGUGAUGGGGCUAAGGUAAC